ACAGACGAUUCAAUUUGUUGUACUACAAGUUGUACAAUCUUGGUUGGUCCAACCGUUUGAACGAUAAUUGCAACGUGUGUGGUAUUGUAGUUCAACCAAUCGUACGACGCGGUUGAAUCGUACGGAAGUAUAGCAUGUUUAAAAAUCUGCCGUACAACUCGGUUGGAUAUACGAUAAGUUUGAACAUGUGUGUCUUUUGCCGACUUGUUCAUACGAUUUCAUUUAAAAAUUGUCAAUAUUUUGAUACAUUGUGUAGCGAUAUUGUACUAUAAAAUCAUGGAAAACAAUAGGCAUUUUUGGAUGGAAUUUAUAGAAAUUUAUUAAGAGCAUUCUUGUUUAUGGGAUGUCAGAUCUAAUGAUUAUUCUAACAAACAUAAACGUAACGCAAGUUACGAAAUUCUCUUAAGAAAAUUAAAAGAAAUAAACCCAACAGCAACGAUGGAACUUUUAAAGAAGAAAAUUAAUAAUAUGAGAACAGCUUUCCGAAGAGAGUUGAAAAAGAUAGAUGCUGAUGAUAAUAGUGAAUAUGAAAUACGAUUUUCAUCAUCGCCGCCUUUAUACUCUCCUCCUGAUUUGGGAAGUCAAGGAAUUUCGGCAGAGGAGAAGACUACCUCAACACCACUAUCUAGUACAACUUUAUCCUGCAGAACCAUUGCCAAAUAUCAAAAGAGAAUAGUUUUUAAGACGAUUAAUGAAAGUGAACUAAAAAAACAGUGUUUGAUGGAUUUAGCUCCUACUGCGUUGAGUAGAGAUACAAAUAAUGAUGAAAAUGAAAAUGAGUAUGCAAUUGCAGGUAAACGAAUAGGUUACCAAUUACAAGGAGUGGUUGAACGUCAAAGAAUUAUUGCUGAAAAACUAAUAUCAGAUGUGAUGUUUUAUGCGAGUAUGGGAAAACUCGCAGAAGAUGCUGUUGUUUAUUGCAGUAACCCGACUACUCAAAACACUAUAUAUUCUUCCACACAAUUUAACAAUACAAACUCACAUCCAAAUAUAGCCCAACAUUCUCAAAGUGUUACUACAACCCCACAGGAAUACACCUAUCAUACACUUCAGGUCCAAAAUCCUACGUUUACCAAACAUUCUAAUACAACGUCAGAUAUCAGAAACUAUAUUAAUCAUUUCGAACCCAGUGACUACAAUGAAUGAUUCUUUAUUUUCAUGCAAAUGUUUUUUUUUGUUUCAUGUAAAUUUGGUUUUUAGAAAAACAUAUAGUACAAAGUUGAAUAUUUUUCCUUUUUGAAUAUUUUGAUAUAAUGUUAUUUGAGUUUAAUAUAAAAAUAAAUGCUCUGUUUUCAACUUU